UAUUCGAUUAUCAUCAUGGCUGCAACAAUGCCAAUAAAUCCAAAACCAUUUUUAAAUGGUUUAACUGGAAAACCUGUAAUGGUAAAACUAAAGUGGGGUCACGAAUAUAAAGGUUACCUUGUGUCAGUAGAUGGUUAUAUGAAUUUACAACUUGCAAAUACAGAAGAACACAUAGAUGGAAAUUGUACUGGUAAUCUUGGAGAAGUACUGAUACGAUGUAACAAUGUUAUGUACAUACGUGGUGUAGAAGAAGAAGACGAAGAAGGAGAAAUGAAAGAUUAAAUUUACAUUUAUAAGAUUUUUGUAUUUUUAAUUGCUUGUUUAAAUUAUAAAAUAAAUAAAUAUAAGUCUGUACAACCUUAUAGAAUGAUGUUAAGUAUAAUGAGUUAAUAGGCCAUGUAAAAACGAUAUUUUUAUAAAAUAUGUAAAUACAAAAUAAUUUAAUGUCCUAAA